AUGGCCGAAUCAAGAGGGAAGGUCGCUAUCAUUGGAAGCGGAUUGAUAGGAUCAAGUUGGGCCACAAUUUUCGUUAGUGCUGGCUAUUCUAUCUGCCUGUACGAUAUUUCCACAAACCAGUUAGAAAUAUCCAAACAGACAAUCCUCCAGAAUCUGCAGAAAAUAAAGAGCGAAGGACUUUCACGAGGUUCGACAACACUUGAGGAUGCACCGUCUAGAAUAUCCACAACAAUGAAACUGGAUGAAGCGCUUGCUGACGCUAUUUAUGCACAGGAAUCAACUUGUGAAGAUGUUGAAUUCAAAAGGAAGAUUUUCACAGAAAUGGAUAGAUACGCAUCGUCGGAUAUCGUCUUAGCGAGUAGCACAUCUACCAUUCCAGCUUCUAUGUUUACAGAAGGACUUACGCACCGAUCUCAAUGCCUCGUUGCUCAUCCCGUAAAUCCACCACUCUAUCUAACUUUAGUGGAAAUGGUGCCGGCACCUUGGACUGACCAAAACAUCAUGUCAAAAGCUUGUGAAAUGAUGAAAAAUAUCGGGCAAGAACCGGUCCGACUACAUCACGAAGUCCUAGGUUUUGCUGUGAAUCGUCUUCAAUUUGCAUUAUUAGCAGAAGUAUGGCGAUUAGUUGGUGAUGAUGUGCUUUCACCUGAAGACGUUGACAAGGUGAUGAGUGCUGGCCUUGGACCACGCUAUGCAAUCCAUGGACCAUUGCAAACAAUUCAUCUUAACGCUAACGGGAUUCGCGACUAUCUAUCUCGAUAUGGUGAUGGUGUUCGUCGCGUACUUGCCGAUAUGGGUCCUACACCCACAUUUAAAGAAUCUAAAAUAGUAGAAAAACUGGAAACGUCACUAAACCAGAGUAUGCCACUCGAUCAAUUGACUUCAUUAAAAAGUGAACGCGAACGGAAUCUAGCUCGAAUUGCUAGUUUGAAGAAGAAAAUGGAAUGA